CCGCCGGCAUGGAAGAGGCAGCGCGAGCCGCGCCCGCCGCCCGGACCCAGCCUGCCCGGCGGGGCGUCGCAGCGCGGAGGUCCGGGGCGCCUCCUCCGCCCGCCCCUUGAGGCCGCCCCGCCGGCUCCGCCAGGCAUGGCCCGCUCGCUGCUGGUGCUGGCCGCCGCCCUCCUGCUGGCCCGGGGGGGGCGCGCCGAGUCCCCAGAAUCCACUCAGGGACCCGAUCCCGGCUACGAGGACCAGGAGGUGGUGUACCCCGUGCGGGUGGACGAGAGAGGCGCCUUCCUGUCCUACAACCUGACCCACCGUCUGCUGUCAAAGAGGGCCAUUUUCUCACGGACUCGGACCGGGACCUUCUACGCCCUCUUUCACCGAGGGCAGCAGCUGCGGUUCAAUCUGAGCCUCAACCCUCACCUCCUGGCGCCUGGCUUUGUGACGGAAAAGCGGCAUGGAGGUAUCUCCCGGGCCAGGAUUCGAGCCUCCGGGCGGAACCCCUGUCAUAUGAUCGGGUCUGUCCAGAACCAGGAGCAAGGAAGUGGGAUGGCGGCCCUCAGCACCUGCGAUGGGCUGAAAGGCGUCUUUCAUCUGGCUGGCCAAGAUUUCCUAAUUGAGCCGCUGGCUCCCAGCAACCUGAGGGAGGGCGCAGCCCAACCACACAGGAUAUCUCGACGGCACAUUUGGGAAUACGAAGCCGAAGAGUUUAUUUCGGUCCUGAGCACGAAAAUAACCAGGAAGCAGCCAACUUCUGUCCGGAUGUGCGGGGUGCAAGGAAAUGCCGAGGGCUCAGAGAAGUGGAGAGAACAUUGGGAGGAGAAGCAGCAGAGGAAACGCCGAAUCAAGCCACGCUCAGUCAGCAAGGAGAAGUGGGUGGAGACCCUGGUGGUGGCUGACACCAAGAUGGUGGAGUAUCACGGCAGCGAGCAUGUUGAGAAGUAUGUCCUGACGGUCAUGAACAUGGUGGCUGGUUUAUUCCAUGAUGCCAGCAUUGGGAACCCGGUCCAUAUCUCUAUUGUGCGUCUUAUCUUUCUGGAAAACGAGGAGGAGGAUCUGAAAAUCAGCCACCAUGCCGACAACACCUUGAGAAGUUUUUGCAAGUGGCAGAAAGCUCUCAACCCCAAGGGAGAUGCCCACCCCCUGCACCAUGAUGUGGCCAUCUUGCUCACCAGGAAGGAUCUCUGCACUGCCAUGAACCGUCCGUGUGAGACGUUGGGCCUGGCCCAUGUCUCUGGCAUGUGCCAACCCCACCGGAGCUGCAACGUGAAUGAGGACACGGGUCUCCCACUGGCCUUCACCGUGGCCCACGAACUGGGACACAGUUUUGGGAUUCAGCACGAUGGCAGCGGCAAUGACUGUGAGCCAGUUGGGAAAAGGCCUUUCAUCAUGUCUCCACAGCUCCUGUACGACACUUCGCCCCUCACCUGGUCCCUCUGCAGCCGGGAAUACAUCACCCGCUUCCUUGACCGGGGCUGGGGGCUUUGUCUGGAUGAUCCCCCAGCCAAGGAUGUGAUCGACUUCCCCUCGGUUCCACCGGGAGUCCUCUACGACGUCAGCCACCAAUGCCGACUCCAGUAUGGCGCCUACUCCACCUACUGCGAUGACAUGGAUAGUGUCUGCAACACCCUCUGGUGCUCCGUGGGGAACACCUGCCACUCCAAGCUGGACGCAGCUGUCGACGGCACCAAGUGUGAUGAGAACAAGUGGUGCUUCAACGGAGAGUGUGUGAAUGUCGGGUACCGGCCAGAGCCUGUCCAUGGGAGCUGGGCAGCCUGGAGUUCCUGGACGGUCUGCUCCCGGACCUGUGGGGCUGGAGUACAGAACGCAGAGCGGCCAUGCAACAAUCCUGCCCCCAAGUACGGUGGGAAAUACUGCCUGGGAGAACGGAAACGCUUCAGGGUCUGCAAUGCCCAGCCGUGUCCGGCAGACAAGCCCUCUUUUCGGCAGAUCCAGUGCAGCCGUUUUGACCACCGGCCCUACAAAGGGAAGCUUUACAAGUGGAGCCCAGUCCCCAACACCAGCAACCCUUGUGAACUGCACUGUCGACCCAACAACGAGUACUUUGCUGAAAAGCUUCGCGAUGCUGCCAUUGACGGAACCCCCUGCUACGAAGGGAACAGCAGGCGGGACAGAUGCAUCAAUGGGAUCUGUAAGAACAUUGGUUGCGACUAUGAAAUUGACUCCUACGCUAUGGAGGACCGGUGUGGUGUGUGCCACGGGGAUGGAUCCACCUGUCGGACAGUGAAGAAAACCUUUGAAGAGAGCGAGGGGCUGGGUUAUGUUGAUGUUGGCCUGAUCCCGGCUGGAGCACGUGAGAUCCAGAUCGAGGAGGUGGCCGAAGCGGAGAACUUCCUGGCUUUGAGAAGUGAAGACCCCAAGAAAUACUUCCUGAAUGGUGGCUGGACCAUCCAGUGGAAUGGGGACUACAAGGUGGCUGGGACCACUUUCACCUACAAGAGGAUGGGAAAUUGGGAAAACCUGACUUCUCCAGGGCCCACAGAAGAACCGAUUUGGAUUCAGCUCCUGUUUCAAGAGAAGAACCCGGGUGUCCGUUAUCAGUACACCAUCCAGCAGGAGUCCAGGAAUCAGAGUUUGGUUGCUCCGCCUGAGUUCUUCUGGCACUACGGACCCUGGACAAAAUGCACAGCUACCUGUGGGACAGGGGUCCAGAGACAGAUGGUGCGUUGCCUUGAGAAAGCCGCUGGGUUUGUGGAGGAGCAGUACUGCGAUGCUCUUAGCCGGCCUGAUGACGAGCAGAGGAAUUGCAACCAGGAACCAUGUCCAGCCAGGUGGUGGGCUGGUGAGUGGCAGGCUUGUUCGGCCACUUGUGGUGACUCUGGACUGAUGAAGAGGACUGUCCUCUGCAUUCAAAGUGUGGCCCUGGAUGAGCAGCAGGCACUACCACCCAACAAGUGCCAGCAUCUCACCAAGCCAGAAACCACAGCCGCUUGCAACCGUGAAGUCCUCUGCUUGGCACUGUGGGUCACAGGCAACUGGUCCAAGUGCUCAGUGACCUGUGGGAAAGGAACUCAGAGGCGCCCCGUUUUCUGCCCCACUGACACCAGAGCCAAGUGUGAUCCAGCCGAAAGACCAGCUUCCGAGCGCGACUGCUGGGCCUCAGCCUGUUGGAAUAGGAUGGAGAACAGUGUCCCCGACUGGUCCGGGAGUGGCUCUUCAAGCCAGGAACUCUUCAAUGAAAUUGAUUUCAUUCCCAAUUAUCAGGCCCCCAAAUUUAGUCCUUCGGCUCCCAAAUCUCAAAAUGUUAUUACAGAGGAAAUUCUCCUCCCCAACAACCAUAAGAAGGGAAAUGUGUUUGUGGAUGACUUUUAUUAUGAUUAUAAUUUUAUCAAUUUUCAUGAGGAUUUGGCUUAUGAGUUGGUUGAGGAAAAGAACAGUAAAAGGGAAGACUUGAAGCCCAACUUUGGGGUCAAGAUUUUUCACACGAUGGAGGCGGAUCCCCAAGAAGUGCUUCCGGAUCUUCCUCCCACCACAGACCUGGAAGUCAAGUUGGCUAAUCGAGGCUCCACAUCUCCGACUGUUGGGCAGGAAAAUGAGAAGGAGCAUGCUAAUGUUCAGGACAGUAGCGCAACUGACACUUUGCAGGAUCCCUUCAUUACCCCAGUAGUCACCAGCUCUUCUGCUUUGGUUCAUCGGGAAAGCUUCCAGCCAUCACUUCCAGAAGUCCAUCCUUCCACUUCAACAGUGAAGUCUCCUCCUUUGGGGAGCAACAACCAUGUAUUUGGGGGUGCUAUUCAAGAACCUCCUUUUAUUAAUACCUUUUUGAAAGACAACACCGCAAGGCCUGAUUCCUCCAUCAGCUCUCCUUCCUUGGAUGUACUCACUCCGACAAUGUCUUCUGUCGAGGACAGUUAUGGCAGAAAUGCAUUUGGUACUCUUAGAAGCACAGAAGAUCCUGGUGGAAGGAUGCAGGGCCCCAAGAUUCCUGAACUUGGCAAUAGCAGCGAUCAUGGUUUAUGGGAAAUGGUGGAAGAAACCAGCAGGAAGCAGAGCAAUAGAGACAGAGUCAUUGUCAGUGGUGAAGGUAAUAUGGAUAUGGCUUAUACAGUGAAAGAAAAUCUGGCAAAUACAUUUGCCACAACAACUGGGGCAUCCUACCCCCUUGCCCAUCACCUCUCUGCUUCUGCUGGAGCCUCCUGGGCUUUUACUGUUCCGGAUGCAGAGAUAAGCAGCAUCUCAGGACGUGACCGUCUCAAGAAUACCCCUUUGCUCAUCACUGAGCUUCCGUCAGGGACAUCUCCCUCCACUUCUGCCUACCAGUCAUCUGGACCCAGCAGAAAGACGCAAAUGCUUCACCACCCAGACACUCUGAUACCACCGAUAGCCACCGAAUCAAACUCUUUGGAUCGGAACUCACCUUUUCCCAACUUUUCUCCCUCUGCGUUGCUUCCUUCAAAGCAGAAGCAGUCUAAUAGGAUUGAGACAGAUUUGGAGACUAAAUCUGUACCUUCCACUAAGGACCGGGAAUUCUCCAGGGACAGAAACGAAAGGCCACCUCCCCAUGUGCCAACUGCCAGUAGCAGAGGAGGUGCUGGGCAUGAGGUCAAAUUUCAGGAACCGGAAGGGAAGAUGGCAUCUUCUGCUGCUCCUCCUGAUGCUGUAAGAGCUGCUCUCAAUGCUAGCUGGGAAGCUGGAAACUGGAGUGAGUGCUCUACAACCUGUGGCCUUGGGGCUGUUUGGAGAGUUGUACACUGCAGCACCGGAAAUGAGAAGGACUGUGACUUGACUAGCAAGCCGGCUCCUGCCCGGCGCUGUUAUCUGAGGCCCUGCUCCAAGUGGCACGUUGGAAAAUGGAGUAAGUGCUCCAGGACCUGUGGAGGAGGUGUGAAAGUGCGGGGCAUCCAGUGCAUCGACACCCGGGGCCAGCGAUCUCUGCGACCCUUUCACUGCCAGACUGCCUCCUACAAGCCUCCAGCGCAGAUGCCGUGCCACACCAAGCCGUGUCUGAGCUGGUACACCUCCACCUGGAGAGAGUGCUCUGAGCUGUGUGGAGGAGGUGAGCAAGAGCGCCUGGUGACCUGUCCCGGAAUGGGGAGGUGUGACUCAGCCCUCCAGCCGAACAGCACAAGGCCGUGCAACACCCAGCCCUGCGCCAAGUGGAGAGUGGGAUCUUGGGGGCAGUGUACGGCCACAUGUGGCGAGGGCGUCCAAAGGAGGCAGGUGAAGUGCCUGAACACCAAAACUGGACAGGCAGAAGAAGACAGCAGCUUGUGUGAGCACGAACCUUGGCCGCAGAACACCCAGAGGUGCAAUUCCCAGGACUGUCCUGCCAACGAAGAAAGCUUCAUCUGUGACGGUGACCGCCUCUCCUUUGGCUUCUGCCAGACCCUGCUGUGGCUUGGAAGAUGCCAUCUCCCCGCAGUCCGUGUCCAGUGCUGCCAGACCUGCCACCCCCAUGGCCUGCUCCAUCGGGAUCGGGGUGAUGAGCGCUCCUCCCGGAAGUGAACGCCUCUGUGCCCGGGAACCUCUGGUGGGCGAGCGCUGGAGGAGACCCACUUCAGCCAGCCAGCUCUUCCGUCCGUCAGAAACCAACCAAUAUUUUCUGCCUGGCGUGGUGCUCAGUCUCGUGGCUGAGCUUUUUCUCCAGGCAGAGCUUUUUCUCCAGGCAGCCGAAGAGAAGCCUUGCACCCACAGCGCAGGAGGGAGCUGGUGGGGGCGAAUGCUGUCUGGCCCCAGGAAAGCAGCUUGUGGAAGCCACCUCAGACAUCUCCCCGGUCUACAGUUGGUCAUAGUCACUCAGUGUUGGCAGGCCAGCACAAACCUCCUGAGGAGUGAUUUUUAAAAAAAAAGAAUAAAACCAACUAUUUUUAUAUUUUAUGCAAAUGAGCAUGUAGCAUUCCACAGAAUGUCAUUUGAUCAGUUGGUUGUGUUAUAAGUAAAAAGGUUUUUCUUGCUAUAGGUGUAAGGAGCUUCAGACAGUGAAGUUAAAUAUCCCGGUGCUGGCUGCGCAUGCAUGUAGGCAAGCAUGUACACACACACACACACACACACACACACAAAUGGUGCUACUGCUCGAGACAGUCAGGUGUUUCUAGUCUGCCCAGCUUUGGGCAGGUUAGUAGCUCCUCCAGCAGGGCUGCCAGUCCUGUGCCAACCUGCUCUGCCAUCUGGUGGCACCUGAAAGUUGCAAGCCAAAAGGAUGCUGGUGCAGGACAGAGGGCAACCUGCCCAAGAUUGCCAGGUGAGGGACUAAAUGGAAACUUGUCUGACUACGCUACUGUUCUGCCUCCUUUUGUUGCAAGUCAGUUCUCCCCGAAGCAUUAUUCCCUUUCCCUCGUGAACUAAGAAUGCUUGAUAUCGGAUCUACCUUUUCUGCAUUUGUAACUUAACAUUGUUAGCCCCACUUUCAAAAAUGCACCUGACUCAAGAUUAUGUGUUUGCUCUCUUGCUUUCACCUUGAAAUUGGAGAAAUGGUGCAGAAGUUCCCUUAAAAGUCUACACUGGCCACACAUCUAAACUUUGUGUAAUCUACAAAUAACAUAAAAGAUCAACCUGUUUUAAAGGAAGGAUUGGAUGGCUUCGCUUGUUAGUCUGUUUGGGGAGAGGGUUGUUUUGCCUUUGGGCCCAUCUGGACUCCUGGUGGCUGCAUGGAGGGGGCCCUGCCGUGUUUGUAGCAGGCUGUGGAAGCAAUUUGCCCUUGUUUCUUCUGGGAUGUGUUUUGACACCCCUCCCUCCCCGGCUCAAGGGCUAAGAGAAAGGGACUGGCGUGUAGUUGCCCUGCUGCCUUUGCUGCCUCUGGAGGGCUAGAGCUAACGGUCCCCAGGGCCUUAACCACAAGGCCAAACUGUCGCUCAGAAGUUCUGCUGACUUGGCCAUGUUUUAAGGGCAAUUUGUCGGCUUCUGAAUACCGAAUGUCGUCCUCAUCCCAAGAUGAAAGUUCCCAAUCAACAUAUGAGAAAAACUGAAAAUUGAUUGCGAGAAAAAUAUUGUAAUACCUUUCUAAAUUUUUAAUGGCUGUAGCUCUCUAGUGUGUUAAACUGCAAUAGCAUAGUUACAUCUAAUCCUGUUGUAUUUUUGUUUUUCUGUUAAAUUUUUAAAAUUUGUACCCAUCUCAUUUGAGUCUCCAUGUGCUUGCUUAGCGUGGCUACAGUCCACUCAGAAUAUCAGAGCGUAUUGUGGCUCUCUGUUUGCUCAGUAAGUUUCAACUCCUCCCAGAUGGCUUUGGACGGCAGCCAAGGUCAAUCAGGACCUGGGCCAAUUUUGUUGUUUCUCAAAGAUGCCACUCCACAUCUUGGUGAAUGGGACUUUAACGGUGCAGAUGCUUCCUUUCCCUGGAAAGUCUCACCCCACGUCCAGUUUGCCCUCCUGCCUACUUGCAGUGAGCAGCAUCAACCUGGGAGGCCCCCAAAAGCCCUGAUGCUUCUUAAGCCAAGAGGAUGCGUGGAAUAGGAAAGGCCUCUAAUACACCUUCCCUGAGUGGAGACCAUCCCCCAAUACCUCCCUCUGCCCCUUCCACUCUUGUGUUAACUUCUCCAUCUAUGGGGCCUCUUUAAUUGGGGUUCGUGCCUGAAUGGCCCAUUUCAGCUGAGGGAUUAAAAUUUUUGAAGGGGUCAUCAAAACAUUUUGCUUCAAAGCAAAAAAACAAGUAAGCAGAUUUUAGGGACUGCAGAAAUUGUCACUAAAUGCUACUUAAUGUGAUAGAAUUAGAAAAUUAUUUGAUACAUAAGUGGACGGUGAUUAUAUUAGCCAUAUCUGAAUUUAUCAUAGAGCUUGCACCAAAAGAAGACAGCCUAGAAAAUAUUGGGAACCUUUGGUUUAAGGGUUGUGAAGAAUUAGUUUAGUUUAACUUGUCUAAACCAUGGAGUUCAGAAAUGUCAUCAGCCGUAUCAAAAAUCAGAGUAUAUUGGAGAACAUUUCUUCUAUGAAAAAUUACAUCCAAGGCUAGUUUUAUUAUUUGGGAAAGCUUCACUCUCCUUCAGGAUCCUUCCCUAUGUCCUGCGGACACAGCAUUUCAGUGUUCAGGAGGCCACCCGCUUUGUGUCUGGGCCUGGGGCCAAGCAGCCCGUGAGUGUGGCUGAGGACUUGGCCCAGGCCUGGAUGCCAGCCGACCAGGGAGAGCCGAGCUGCAGCAGUCCCAGCGGGACGCCAGGGCCAUGGGCCAGGAAGCACCUGAUCUGAGGGAAAGGCCCUCUGCAAGGAGCAGUUUGAGGGCCCAGCUUAUUUCACUUGCCAGAACCAUCUAUGGUGGUGAGGAGUCCCAGAAGGGGCAGAAAUUGCGGGCAGGACAAGGAGUGAAAUUAAAAGAGAGGGGAUCCCUGACAGUUUCAACUGUUAAAUGGGGAGAGUGAGUCUGCUUGGAGUCCCCCCUCUGGCCAUUUUGGGGGGCUGGAGGGAAUGGCUUAGUGUGGUGAUGGCAAACUUAUGACACACGUCAGUGUUGACAUGCCAGUCUUCACCCAUACCCAGCAACUGCUCUUGUGCAAUUUUCAGAGGCAACACCAGACUGGAAGGUGCUCAUUCAUGGCCUGUAGAGACUUCAAAAACCAGGCAAGAGCCAGGGUGCUUUCGCAACAUGUUUAGAGGCUUCUCGGAAGCUGCUUCAAGAACGAAGGCCUCAUGCGACCCAGAGCAGCCUCUGGUGAGCCACAGGUCCUGAAGGGAAGCUGGGUGUAGGGAGCCAUGGGGCAAUGGCAUCAUGCCAUGAGGCUCGGGCACCAGCCUGGGGGAAUGGCACAAGGCAGCCUUUGUGGGUGGCCGGAAUGGCACCAGGGCUGAGGUCAGUGCCAGGGCCUUGGCAGAAGAUUGCACCAAGCUCUCUGUGAUCCAGAAAAGGCCUUUUGCUCUAUGGCUGUCCGGCUAUUUCAUUGCCAAGUGCCAACAGCAUUGCUACCAUGUGGUUAUGUGAACCUUGCCCGUAUGGAUUCUGGCAUAUUCCUCAUCUGUUUUGACACACCCUCUCCUCUUUAGAGGCAAAAUGCAAUGAUAUCAAAAAACAUUUUCCCAACAAUUCUGUAUUUUGUCCACCCUUAACAGAGUAGCUAUUUACAUAUACCCCCAUUAGGGAAGUGGAAAAAUCAACUAAAAUCACAUU